GAUGUUUAGGCUAAAGCUGAAGAAGAAGAAGAAAGCAGAAAAGGGGUUAAUCCUAGCCAACAAGGCUGCGAAAGAUGGUCAAGGUAAAGCAGAAGCACCCCAGGAGGGGCCUUCCCACCAGGAAGGUUCGGGAGAAGAUUGGAUCAGUAAUAAUGCUUCUACCACUCCUGCCCCCUCAGUGCCUCUGACAAGAAGAUCAAAACUGGUGACUAAGAUCCAUGAUGGGGAGGUCAAAUCCCAAAAUUAUCAAAUUGCCAUCACCAUCAUUGAGGCCCGCCAGCUGGUGGGUGAGAACAUUGACCCAAUUGUGAUCAUUGAGAUCGGGGAUGAGAAGAAGCAAAGCACAGUGAAGGAAGGAACCAACAGUCCAUUUUACAAUGAAAACUUUGUCUUCGACUUCAUUGGGCCCCAACUGCAUCUUUUUGACAAGAUCAUCAAAAUCUCUGUCUUUCACCACAAGCUGAUAGGAAGCAUUCUGAUUGGCUCCUUCAAAGUAGACCUGGGGACUGUGUACAACCAACCUGGUCAUCAGUUCUGUGACAAGUGGGCCCUGCUCACGGACCCUGGUGACAUCAGGACUGGCACCAAGGGGUACCUGAAGUGUGACAUCAGCGUGACUGGGAAAGGCGAUGUCUUGAAGACCAACCCCAAAAUCUCUGACGCCGAGGAGCAAAUAGAAAAGAACCUUUUGAUUCCCCAAGGGUUUCCAUCAGAGAGACCCUGGGCCAGAUUCUCCGUGAGACUCUACAAAGCAGAAGGGUUGCCAAAGAUGAACUCCAGCAUAAUGGCAAAUGUCACCAAAGCAUUUGUGGGUGACGGUAAGGACCUCUUGGAUCCCUUCGUGGAGGUCUCCUUCGCUGGACAGACGGGGCGAACCACAGUGCAGAAGAACUGUGCCAACCCUAUGUGGCACGAACAGGUGAUCUUCAAGGAAAUGUUCCCUCCCUUGUGUCGGAGGGUGAAAAUCCAGGUGUGGGAUGAAGGCAGCAUGAACAACGUGAUGCUGGCCACCCAUUUCAUCGACUUGAAGAAGAUCUCCAAUGAACAGGAUGGAGAUAAAGGCUUUCUACCUACCUUCGGACCAGCCUGGAUUAACCUGUAUGGCUCACCGAGGAACCACAGCCUGAUGGACGACUACCAGGAACUGAAUGAAGGCCUUCGGGAAGGCGUGUCGUUCAGGGGCAGACUCCUGGUAGAAAUUGCUGUGGAAAUCCUCUCCGGAGGGCCCCAGGAGUCUAAGUUUUCCAAAGCCCUGAAGGAGCUCAAGUUGUCUUCCAAAGACAAAGACUCCAAAUCUUCCAAAGGAACGAGUAAGGACAAAGGUGACAAAACCGAUGAUGGAAAAUCCCAGCAGGCUACAGAUAAAGCUAAAUCAACUGAGGUCGAGGUGGAAAGUUUCGAUGUGCCCCCAGAGAUUGUACCAGAAAAAUGUGAGGAAUUUUUACUCUUUGGAGCAUUUUUUGAAGCUACCAUGAUUGACCGGAAGAUUGGAGAUAAACCCAUUAGCUUUGAAGUUUCCAUUGGUACUUUCGGGAACCUGAUUGAUGAAGGGUCCCAUCAUGGGGGUAGGAAGAAGUCAACUGAAUUGGCUGAAGAAGACACCCUCCCACUACUGCACGAAGGAGAAAGGGACUCAGCCGAUGCUACCAUCCCGAUGGUCUCCACCACUCACCCAGAGAAGCCACUGGUGACAGAAGGGAACAGGAAUUACAACUAUUUGCCAUUUGAUGCCAGGAAGCCUUGUGUCUACUUCAUCAGCUCAUGGGGAGACCAGACCUUCAGGCUCUACUGGUCCAACAUGCUGGAGAAAAUGGCGGACCUCCUGGAAGAAGGUAUAGAAGAAGUGAGAGAGCUGAUCAAGAUUUCAGAGGAGGUGCCAGAAGAGAAAAUGAAGAUGGUGCUCAGUGACUUUAUCAGUCAAAGCAGUGCCUUUAUCUCUGAAGCAGAAAAAAAACCCAAGAUGUUGAACCAAACUACUUUAGAUAAGAAACGACUUACGCUCUAUUGGCAGGAGCUGGAGGCAAUGACCAAGGAGGCGAAAGGGAUCAUUCAACAACAGCAGAAGUUAUCUCUCGAUGAAAUGAUCAGAAAAGCCCAAACCUUUGUGGAAAAGAUCCACUUUCUUGUUGAAGAGCCACAGCACACCAUCCCUGAUGUCUUCAUUUGGAUGCUGAGCAACAACAAGAGAGUGGCAUAUGCCCGCAUCACCUCCAGAGAUGUGCUCUAUUCCCCCAUCCGGGAGCAGAUGGGCAAACACUGCGGGAAGAUCAAAACUCAUUUCCUCAAACUUCCUGGAAAACGGCCUGCUGGCUGGUCAGUGCAAGCGAAAGUGGAUGUGUACCUGUGGCUGGGUUCCACCAGAUACUCCAGUGCCAUUUUGGACAACUUGCCUACAGGCUAUGAAGUAGAAACAUCCUCCAAAGUGACUGCUGUCAGUCACCCCCCUGACAACCUGCUCUACCAAGGCCAGCAUCUCUUUCAGCUGAGAGCUCACAUGUAUCAGGCCCGGGGCCUCAUCGCAGCUGACAGCAAUGGACUUUCCGACCCCUUUGCCAAAGUCACCUUCCUUUCCCACUGCCAGACCACAAAGGUGAUUUCCGAGACUCUCUCCCCAACCUGGAACCAGAUGCUGCUGUUCAAUGACAUAGUGCUGCACGGAGACCAGAAGGAGCUGGUGGACUCCCCACCCUUAGUGGUGGUGGAGCUCUACGACAGUGACGCAGUGGGGAAGCCAGAAUACUUGGGUGCCACGGUGGCUGCUCCUGUUGUGAAGCUGGCUGACCAGGACUAUGAGCCGCCCCAGUUGAGCUAUCACCCCAUCUUUUGUGGGAACCUCCCCGGAGGGGACCUCCUUGCCGUAUUUGAGCUUCUGGAGGUCCCUCCAUCUGGGCUGCAAGGGCUCCCUCCCGUUGACCCACCUGACGUCACCCAGAUCUACCCGGUUCCUGCCAACAUUCGGCCCGUGCUGAGUAAAUACAGAGUGGAGGUUCUCUUCUGGGGAGUCCGAGAAAUGAAGAAGGUGCAGCUUCUCUCAGUGGAUCGGCCUCAGGUUCUCAUCGAGUGUGGGGGGAAAGGAGUCAAGUCCUGCGUGAUCCAGAGCUACAAGAACAACCCCAACUUCAGCGUCCAGGCAGACACCUUUGAAGUGGAGCUGCCUGAGAACGAGCUUCUGCAUCCGCCCCUGAGCAUCUGCGUGGUGGACUGGAGAGCUUUUGGGAGGAGCACCCUGGUGGGCACUUACACUGUCAAUUGCCUGAAGCAGUUUUUGUGCAAAUCCAGGGAUCCCCCUGCCCUCAUCUCGCAGGUGGACGGAGCCCAAGUUGGGCAAGAUAUUUCAGAUUCACUAACAGCCACUGGGCCCCUCCAGCCUCUCAGCUCCUCUCAGGAGCCCCCGACAUAUCACGUCUAUGUGGAUAUUGAGCCGCCUCCCACAGUCGUGCCUGACUCUGCCCAGGUUCAGCAGGCCAGCCUGGUUGACAUCCCUGAUUCAUCCCUUAACCUGGAGCCUGAACUCAAGUCUGCAGCCCCGAGACCACCCAAAGAUGAAAAAACUGAGGAUGCCAGGAAGCCUUCCCAGAGGUCCACUAAAAGAAAGAAGAGGACCAUAGCUGAUGAGUCUGCUGAAAACGUUAUUGACUGGUGGUCUAAGUAUUACGCGUCCCUGAAGAAAGCACAGAAGGCAAAGGAGAGUAAUCCCAACGAGAAAAAGGGCUAUACCGAGACAAAAACAGACCAGGUGGUGGUAGAUGUAGAAGAUGGCCCAAAGAAGAAAGACAAAAUGCUCAAGAAGCAACACAAAGAAGGUGAAAUCCCCAACCUGGCGGUGUUGCAGAUAUACAAUGGUGAUCUUGAGAGUGAAUUCAACAAUUUUGAAGACUGGGUGAAAACCUUUGAGCUCUUCAGAGGCAAGUCUAUGGAGGAGGACCAAGGCCUUGAUGGAGAUCGAGUCAUAGGAAAGUUUAAGGGCUCCUUCUGCAUCUACAAAAGCCCUGAGGAUUUCAACACCGAGGACGGUGGGCAACUAAGAAUUCAGCAAGGGAUCCCGCCCAACUACCCAGUCAAAGUUCUGAUACGGGUGUACAUUGUGGCGGCCUUUAAUCUUAGUCCAGCUGAUUCAGACGGGAAAUCAGAUCCCUACGUUGUGAUCAGGCUUGGCAAAACCGAAAUCAAAGACCGGGAAAAAUACAUCCCCAAACAACUGAACCCAGUGUUUGGAAGGUCAUUUGAGAUCCAGGCCACGUUCCCGAAGGAGUCUCUGCUCUCCAUCCUAAUCUACGACCAUGACAUGAUUGGGACGGAUGACCUCAUUGGUGAAACCAAGAUCGACCUAGAAAAUCGCUUCUAUAGCAAACACAGAGCCAUCUGUGGCUUGCAGAGCCAGUAUGAGACAGAAGGAUACAAUGCCUGGAGAGACACAUCCAAGCCCACCGAAAUCCUCACCAAGCUCUGCAAAGACAACAAGCUGGAUGGACCCUACUUUCGCCCUGGGAAAAUACACAUAGGAAACCGGGUCUUUUCUGGAAAAACAUCCUUCACGGAAGAGGACGCUGAUGAGAUCGUGGAGUCCUAUGAGCACUUGGCCCUGAAGGUUCUACACUCUUGGGAGGAUAUCCCGGAGGUUGGGUGCAGACUGGUUCCUGAACACAUUGAAACUAGGCCACUGUACCACAAGGAUAAGCCAGGAAUGGAGCAGGGCCGCCUGCAGAUGUGGGUGGACAUGUUUCCCAAGGAUAUGCCUCAGCCUGGACCUCCUGUUGACAUUUCACCAAGGCAACCCAAAGGAUAUGAAUUGAGGGUGAUCAUCUGGAACACAGAAGAUGUCAUUUUAGAGGAUGAGAAUAUCUUCACAGGACAAAAAUCAAGUGAUAUUUAUGUUAAAGGGUGGAUAAAGGGCUUGGAAGACGACAAGCAGGAGACAGACGUGCAUUACAACUCCCUGACAGGAGAGGGGAACUUCAACUGGCGAUUCCUGUUUCCAUUUCACUAUCUCCCGGCUGAGAAGCAAUUGGUCAUUACCAAGAGGGAGAACAUCUUUUCAUUGGAGAAGACGGAGUGUAAGACUCCAGCUGUGCUGGUGCUCCAGGUUUGGGAUUUUGAGAGGCUGUCGUCAGAUGACUUCUUGGGCUCCCUGGAAAUGAACCUCAAUAGUUUCCCUAGAGCAGCCAAGUCUGCCAAAGCCUGCGAUCUCAGCAAGUUUGAAAACGCAAGCGAGGAAAGCAAGAUCUCCAUAUUCCAGCAAAAGCGUGUGCGGGGCUGGUGGCCUUUUGCCAAAAGCAAAGAGCUCACAGGCAAGGUUGAAGCUGAGUUUCACCUAGUUACAGCAGAAGAAGCCAAGAAACAUCCUGUGGGAAAAGCCAGAAAGGAACCAGAACCUCUAGCCAAACCCAACCGUCCAAAUACCUCCUUCUCCUGGUUGAUGAACCCCUUCAAGUGCUUGUACCACCUCAUCUGGAAGAAUUACAAAAAGUACAUCAUCAUCGGCUUCAUUUUGAUCAUCCUCAUCAUCUUCCUGGUCCUCUUCAUCUAUACCUUGCCAGGAGCCAUCAGCCGAAGGAUCGUUGUGGGGUCAUAAAGGACUGUAGAAGUCCUCAAACCCCUUUUUCCUCAUUCCUCUCUUCUUCUUCAUCUGCAAACACCUAAAAGCAAGUACUGUGAGCGGGAGCUGCACUGGGCACUAAGGGGA